GCGUCAGUAGCACGACAUUCGUCGAGUGAAUAGUAUCGUUAUUUUUCGUUCGGUGUCCAAUAUAUAUUUAACGUUCUUGUUCUAGUUCUCUAUAAAUAUAUAGUUUGUGUAUUAAGAAUAUAGCUAUAAACUUUACCGAUUGCAACUUCAAUGAGAAAGUAGUUCAAAUUUUCGAUAGAAGAAACGACAAAUGACAAGACGAUUUUUCUUUCGCUUCGUUAAAAUUGGUCAGGUUCACCUAGUGUCACAUCGCCGUCUUACAGUGAGUCGGAUAAAAUUCACGACGAUCAGAAAGAAGGAACGUGGCUCUUCGGAACUCGUGAUACGCCAGUGAUCGUUGGAAAUCCCACCGAUUCCUUCGUUUACGUCCGUGUCGUUCGCGUUUUACCUUCACUACCUUUCACGGUCACGUGGUCGAGACAUUAGGCGACCUGUUAGAGAAAACAGCGAUUGUCUCCGCGCCAAAUUGCAGGAAUCCCAGGAGUGGCGAGUGGUCUCGCGGCUCAAAAUCGGGAAACGUCGUGGCGUGAUAAUAUCAUCGUCGAGCACGAUGGCUUGCGAAUUCUUUAAGGGGCUAACACUUUUCCUGUCGUAUGCAAUACUGGCAGCAGUUUUAGGAAUGUUGCAGUUUGGAUACAACACUGGGGUUAUUAACGCGCCGGAAGUGAACAUUGAAAAUUUCAUGAAAGAUGUGUACAAGGAUAGAUACGGGGAGGACAUUUCAGACGAUUACGUGAAGAGAUUGUAUUCCGUGGCCGUGAGCAUAUUUGCGAUUGGUGGUAUGCUAGGCGGUUUUAGCGGAGGGAUAAUUGCCAACAGAUUUGGCAGAAAGGGGGGCUUACUGCUAAACAACGUGCUGGGCAUCGUGGGGGGGUGCCUGAUGGGUUUUACAAAGAUGGCUCACUCGUAUGAAAUGUUAUUCUUUGGACGGUUCAUCAUCGGUGUCAAUUGUGGCUUAAACACCUCGUUGGUUCCCAUGUACAUAUCGGAGAUAGCACCACUGAACCUGAGAGGCGGCCUAGGCACGGUGAACCAGCUCGCUGUUACGGUGGGCCUCCUGGUCUCCCAGGUGCUGGGCAUCGAGCAAAUCCUUGGAACAGACGAGGGUUGGCCAGUUCUCUUAUUACUAGCUAUCUGCCCUGCCAUUCUACAGUUAUUGCUGCUUCCAGUUUGCCCCGAAUCUCCAAGAUAUUUGCUCAUUACUAAACAGUGGGAGGAGGAAGCCCGUAAAGCUUUGAGGAGGUUGAGAGCCAGUAACCAAGUGGAAGAAGACAUCGAAGAAAUGAGAGCCGAAGAACGAGCUCAACAAGCCGAGUCUAGAAUAUCGAUGACAGAGCUCAUAUGUAGCCCAACUUUGAGAGCACCUCUUAUCAUCGGUGUGGUUAUGCAACUUUCCCAACAGCUUUCAGGCAUUAACGCUGUAUUUUACUAUUCGACAAAUUUGUAUACUAGUUCUGGUUUGACAGAGGAGAGUGCCAAGUUUGCAACCAUUGGCAUAGGUUCCAUUAUGGUUGUUAUGACGUUAGUAUCCAUCCCUCUUAUGGAUAGGACAGGAAGACGUACAUUGCACUUAUACGGUCUUGGUGGCAUGUUUAUCUUUUCAAUAUUCAUCACAAUUUCUUUUCUCAUAAAGGAGUUUUUCGGUUAUGUGCAGGAAAUGAUUGACUGGAUGUCUUAUCUGUCGGUCGUCUCGACGCUCUUUUUCGUCGUAUUUUUUGCCGUGGGCCCCGGCUCCAUCCCGUGGAUGAUCACGGCCGAACUGUUCUCGCAAGGCCCCAGACCUGCGGCCAUGUCCAUCGCGGUCCUCGUCAAUUGGAUAGCUAAUUUUGUGGUUGGCAUCGGUUUUCCAAGUAUGAAGACUAGCCUUGAAAACUACACGUUCCUACCAUUCAGUGCAUUCCUAGCCAUCUUCUGGAUCUUCACGUACAAGCAGGUUCCUGAGACCAAGAAUAAAACAUUCGAAGAAAUUCUAGCUUUAUUCAGGCAUGGUAACGACAGGAGCAGCUUGCGGGACAGCAGACUUUAUGGGAGCAUGCUAAACUGUGUGAAUGCAUUAGAGGGACACAUACCGCCAGCAGAGAGUGCAGCCCUGAUGGUGGCCGAGGAGAAGCCACAUCCUGAUUCAUUUGUGUUUGCAGCUGGAUCAGAGCGAUCUUCCGACGCACCCGCUCAACCGGAGAGAUCACCGCCCCCGCUUCCCCCGCCACGCUUUCCGAACAGCGGUGUCUGACAAUGGGAAACAGCUCCUCUUAAUAUUGGUAAUCUAGUGAUCAUGAACGCGUCAAUUCCACUGCCGCUACUGCUCACCACCAACAGCCUCACAUUGGAAAAUCAACUGUACGAGAUCAUCACGGAGAGGAGCAAGGCCUGCGCGGCUUUCUUGCGGAACAGUUUACGUCGAGCAGUGAACGCAACCACUAUUGGUUUGAGUGUCACGGAGAAUUUUGAGAAUAAUGUAUCGUGCAAUCAUGCCUAAUUCAAUGAUUGAAUCACUUGUUGAUUAUAUUUGAAUACUGAAUAGAAUGAAGUCAAUUGCGAACGUUUCUUAGCGCGGCCUGAUUCAAUUCAGUAUGUUCGUAAUACGAACGUCGUAUGUAAGGUUAUCUUCACGAAUGAAUAUUUAAACAUAAGAAACGUUCUUAGUUUCGCAGAACUUAGCAAUUACAAUUUUCUGAACAAAUAGAAUAACAACAGUGUUGUAAACGAGUGGUUGUAAUGGCAAAAAGACUUGUUGAUGGUUUGCAGAUUUUUCGAUACGGUUUCGAUAGAUAAAUCACAAUUACAGCGUUCGAUAUGACACGCAAAUCUUUUUCGUGUCAAACCAAAAAUAAAAAAAAAAAAGAAAUGAAUUAAGAACGAGAAUCUUUGAGAAAAAAUCUAAUGAAAUGUUGCGAAAGUGAUUGUGCCUAGACAUAUGUUUGAAAAAAAGAUAAAAAAAAAAACAAAGAAAAUGCAUAAGAAGUUGAAUCGUGAUCAUUAAAAAGUAUGUGAACUUUGUGCGACAUCGAAGAAAAUAAUAGAACAUAUAAUUGCUAGAUGCGACGAAUCGUUUAACGAAACCCCAGAAGAAAAGAGGUGUAUAUCUAUAUACUUCACUUUUAUAUCGUUAAUUUCAUAGAAUUUAUUGAAAUUAUAUGUCAUUUUAUAUUAUUGUUAUCUUUAUAAGUCAUUGCACUGUACUAUGAUUGUGGAUUAUAUGUUUAUUGAUAAAUUGAAUUUAAUGAAUUUUAUGACUGAAGUUAGGAACAAAUUUCGAAUCUGGAAUCGACCAAAUUAUUAUUCAAUCAACAUUAAACUGAAAGAUAGAUUCAGUCUAUCGCUUUAACAAUCGCAAUGUUAAAGACGUUAAUUACGAUAACGUCAUUCUUAUAUGGUGCCUCAUAAAAACAAUAUUUACAACUCGUUUUAUCUUAUAAAAGUACGGGGACACAGUGCUACAAACGAAUGGGUGUUAGUUAUUACGAUCAGUAAGCUUUGAAUUAUGCGUAUACGCAAAUUUAUUUCGAUAGUGGAUUGUUUUAGGAUUUUAAAUAGAUAAAACUUAUACAAAUGUUUUAUAAAUUAAGAUUAAUAUUAAUACGAAAAUUAAAUUGCAAAUUAAACUUUAAUUAAGAGAUUUUAAAAAUGGCAAUUUUAAUAUUAGAUAUAUAAAUUUUGCACGAAAUGUCGAACCCUUUCGUUUGAACUAUAACGCUAUAAUACCUCGUACAUCUAGAGGCAUGCCUUUUCUUACUACCUUUUGUCAUUAAUGUUUUAAUAACACCAAAAUGCACGUCAUUUGAUGUUAUGUAAAUUCUUUGAGAAAAAUUUCCUUUAUAUGUAUAUAUAUGUACAUACUGUAUACUUCUACGAUACUUAUUACGUCGUUAUAUAAGAAAAUGUAUAAUAAUCCUAUACUAUUCGAUGUAGUAUAUUCAAUUCCCUAUUCAAAAUAGCGUUAUAUGAAAAUUAAUUCAUCAUUCGAGCGAUAUACUCAAUACCGAUACACAAACAACUGAUUACUUAAGGUGAAUAUUAAUCGAAUGCAUUAUAUAAUGUUUCAAGCUCUCUUUCUAUUGGAGAACUUCCUUCGUAAUUUCAUUUUUUAAAAGUUAUAUUGGAUAUUGAAAAAUAGAUUUUAUGCAAUGACGCAAUUUUUAAUUAAAAAAAAAAAAAUUAGAAUGUUAUUUAUACUAUUUCAGCUUUUUAUGAUAUUUUAUGCGUAUACAUUACAUUACAGAUUAAAAAGUCUAAAUGAAUUUAGAUUUUGAAUAAAUUACUUUUAGUUCUGAAAAUAGGUUCACAAAUAGAAUAAUAAAGUAACACUAAAGAAUAUACUGAUCGCGUUAGCUUAUAAAUAAAUUAAUCUCAAAUCGGUUUGCUAUUUAAAUUAUUGCGGUAUAAUCGCAACAUGAUAUCUAGAGUAGAAUAAAGAAAAAAUAAAUAAAUAACAUCGUGUGCGGUAUAAAUCGUAUAUUAUAAUUUAACGAGAAAAAAAAAA